AUGCAGCAGCAGCAGGGGCAGGUGUUGCAACAGAUGCAGCAGCAGGGGCAGGUGUUGCAACAGAUGCAGCAGCAGCAGGGGCAGGUGUUGCAACAGAUGCAGCAGCAGCAGGGGCAUGUGUUGCAACAGAUGCAGCAGCAGCAGGGGCAGGUGUUGCAACAGAUGCAGCAGCAGGGGCAGGUGUUGCAACAGAUGCAGCAGCAGCAGAUGCAGCAGCAGCAGGGGCAGGUGUUGCAACAGAUGCAGGUGUUGCAACAGAUGCAAGUGUUGCAACAGAUGCAGCAGGGGCAGGUGUUGCAACAGAUGCAGCAGCAGGGGCAGGUGUUGCAACAGAUGCAGGUGUUGCAACAGAUGCAGCAGCAGCAGGGGCAGAAGGAGUCACCUGGAGCAGCAGGGGGUGGCUUUCCUCGCCAAGUCUGGCUCUGUAGGUACGAGGUAACUGGUCGUGGUAGUGAGGUCACUGGUCGUGGUAGUGAGGUCACUGGUCGUGGUAGUGAGGUCACUGGUCGUGGUAGUGAGGUCACUGGUCGUGGUAGUGAGGUCACUGGUCGUGGUAGUGAGGUCACUGGUCGUGGUAGUGAGGUCACUGGUCGUGGUAGUGAGGUCACUGGUCGUGGUAGUGAGGUAACUGGUCGUGGUAGUGAGGUAACUGGUCGUGGUAGUGAGGUCACUGGUCGUGGUAGUGAGGUCACUGGUCGUGGUAGUGAGGUAACUGGUCGUGGUAGUGAGGUAACUGGUCGUGGUAGUGAGGUAACUGGCCGUGGUGGUAGUGAGGUAACUGGUCGUGGUGGUAGUGAGGUAACUGGUCGUGGUAGUGAGGUAACUGGCCGUGGUGGUAGUGAGGUAACUGGUCGUGGUGGUAGUGAGGUAACUGGUCGUGGUAGUGAGGUAACUGGCCGUGGUGGUAGUGAGGUAACUGGCCGUGGUGGUAGUGAGGUAACUGGUCGUGGUAGUGAGGUAACUGGUCGUGGUAGUGAGGUAACUGGUCGUGGUAGUGAGGUCACUGGUCGUGGUAGUGAGGUAACUGGUCGUGGUAGUGAGGUAACUGGUCGUGGUAGUGAGGUAACUGGUCGUGGUAGUGAGGUAACUGGUCGUGGUAGUGAGGUAACUGGUCGUGGUAGUGAGGUAACUGGUCGUGGUAGUGAGGUAACUGGUCGUGGUAGUGAGAGUCUGUAUAUGCAACCAAUGACCGCGUUUAGGCGGUGUGACGUCACUCAAGGACAUCUUACAAGGCAGCUUCAAGACGGCGAAUUAGUGUUGAGUGAUUCAUGA